AGAGUCCCCCAAUUCCAGGGAGAGCCCGGAUUGAGAGGUGUAGACUUCUGUCCCACCCAGGAGGGUAGGCAAGCCCUUCCUUCCAAGGGGAAGGCGUUUCUCCAUUUCUGCCAGAGGAAGGGCAAUAAGAAAGUUACAACUUUGGGGUCAAAUCAUUUGCUGCUGCAGCAUCCACAGAUAUUGGGGUUCUGGGUGGCUUUGAAGGUGUUUUCUUUUCUUAACAUCAAAGAUGUGUUGGAAGACCUUAAUGCUUCUCUUGCUAUAUUACAAUGCUCAGGCUACCCUGGCUCACAGAUGGAGCAGAGCUAUGCUCUUCCCCUCAGCUCAUCGGUCAAAGAGAUCGGCGUCAAGCCCAAUAAAUCCAGUACUUCAGAACUCUCUAGAGGAGGUAGAACUGCUCUAUGAGUUUCUUCUAGCUGAACUUGAGAUCAGCCAAGACUUAAGGAUCUCCAUCAAAGAUGAAGAACUUUCUUCUUUGCGCAAGGCCUCUGACUUCAACACCAUCUGCAACGAAAUCAUCCCCAAGAGCAUCACAGACAUUCGUCGACUGAGUGCCCAUCUCUCUGAGCGGGUCGGCGUCCUCAAGAGAGAAGACUUUGAACGGACAGCACUGACCCUAGCCUAUACCGCUUAUCGAACAGCCUUGGCCCAAGGGUUCCAGAAAGAUGUAUGGGCUCAGUCUCUCCUUAGCCUCUUCCAAGCUCUGAGACACGACUUGAUGAAGUCCUCCAGACCCAAGCGUUCCCAAUGAGAGACACCAGGAACACUGAGAAGGGGGAAAAUCAGCAACCCAGGGCUUUUCCUAGCUUGUCACACUAUAACCCCCCAAAAAAGGUCUUUAUUCUCUUAUCUUUUAACUUCCUUGUAGAAACAGGCAAUUGAAGCACAUUCUACUUGGAAAGAGAGGUAGUAAUCAGAGGGGGAAACAACCCACAAAACCCUGUCUUUCUUUACUCCCAGACUAUUUCCAACAAACACUGGCAUCAAGUCAAGAUUCUCUGGGCCAGUGUUUUUAAGGUACCACCAAAGAUAAAAUGGUUCACGCCCAGUGGCAUUUGGAAGACACACACAAGUGUCCUGAGAAACCAGCCUAGAUUCAGCAUAGAGCUGGAGGAGGAGGCUCAAUAAGUGUUGGGAAGAGGGAUUGAUUCUUCUUGUUUGGUGCUAAAUAAUUAAGAAACAAGAUUUAAAAGAUCUCUUUUUUCCAUUUUGCAUUGGUAGGAAACAGAGAUGCUUGAACUAUAAACAACAUUGUAUUAAACACAUCAAUGCAUUUCUCACUUUCUUCCACAAAAGCCACCAAAUGUACACCAGAUCAAAUACCACAAAUUCUGAGAUCUGAGCCUAAGUGUGAACUAGAGCAAAAUUCAGUAAUGCCCUCAUUUCUAGCAUUAGAAAGGAGGAAACUAGAUACGGGUGAAUUUUCCAGAUAACUAAAAGAUCCCCCUUCACAUGUCAAGUCUUUUAUAUUUAACCUUUUUAUGUAGAAAUUUUUCUAAAAUGUAUUAAAUAUUUCCCUGUCUUCUUAAACAGAGUAUAUUAAAAAUAACUUAAAUUUUUUUCUCUAUGGUUCAUGAUAGCUCAUUAUGAUCAUCAAUUAUUGUACUGUAUUCUGUAAUGUGAUAAUCCCUUCUGGGGCUCUGAGGAGUGCAGGGAUAUUUGCCCCUACACUAAAUGUUCCCAAGUUACAAUGCUUUCCUAAUUUUGUGUCUGGCUUUUAAAUUGUUCUAUUUUCCCAUACUGUCAGGCUCUCAGUUUUCAACUUUUUUUUUCCUAUUAUAUCCUAUCCUCCCUAACUGCCACCUCUCACUUACUACAGGCUAGAAAAUCAUAUAACUCAGCCAGAAUUGUGUGCUGAAUAAGUCAGUCAAUUUUCUGAGUAGGGAUCUCCUUCACAAGCCUCUGCAAACAGCCAUUUCAGCAGCAAAGAGAUCCUUUCGGCUUACCUCCAAGUUCAUUGCUAUGUUCUAGAGGGAUGAAGUUCCUUCAAGGUUGACCUCAAGAUAAGCAGGAAUUGGAGGCCUUGAAUUUGGUUAUCUCAAGGGCAACUUUAAGGACCCUGAUUUGAUCACGAUAAAGUCUGAUCUGGAUUUCUAUAAAUCUUGGGAUAAAUAAAGCUUUAUAUACCCAACCCAAAUAGCUUUUUCAGAGAAAUAGUAGUAGGCUGGCAGGAAAAAUAUAGUCACCAUCAAAAAAUGUUAUUUAUCUUCCUCCAAUCUCCACAGCUCUAUUUUGUUCUGGUUCAAAAAACCAAUGCCAGGACCUUUCUAUCUGUCUGUCUCUCUCUGUCCCUCAUCAUGUGUUAUCGUUCUUUCUGUUUCUUCCUAGAGAAAAUGGAACAUCUCAGGACCUGACAUGCUUUCUUCCAGUUCUUUUUUUCCUCAAUCUCUUUCCUUUUUAUUUAUUUAUUAUUAUUUUUUUUUUGGUGGAAAGAGGGAGAUGUUUGUGUUCAUAUCUCUCUAUCUCUAUGCCUGGCUCUGUUUAUCUCUUAGGUCUGUUUAUCUAACUUUGCCUCCCUGGGUCUGUUCUCUGAAUCUCUUUCCUAAUUAAUAUCAUACCCUUCUUUCAGUGAGUUCUUGGGAGGAUGAGAAGAGUUAAUUGCCUCAGAAUACCAAGAUGCUUACAUAUCUUUUGCUUUAGACUCCCCAGACAGGUAAUUGGGUAUCUGCCCCAUAACCUGCAAUGUCUGCUCCUUUCCUAAGCAUAAGUGUCCUGAAUCCUUAAGAGCUCUAAUGACCAGGUAUCCAAAGAAUGACCAGGUAUCUGCUCUCUAGGAUAUCCUUCUCUGGAAUGGCAUUUACCCACAAAUUAGCAGAACAUUUCCAAGAACUAUUCUGACCAUAAUUCAUGGUCAAACCAACCCAUAAUAGAGGUAGAUAUAUCAAUUCCAUUCCAUCCUAUCCAAAAAGCACUUAUUAAUCACUAAAGUGCCAGACAUAGUCCAUGCUAGACUCUGAGGAUAAAGAUUUCUAAAUAGCUAUAUAUUAAGACACUAUAUAAAUGAAUAAUUGAUUAUUUUGACCCCCAAAACACUGGCACAAUCUAAUUAUUCACCAACAAAAAAUGUAAAAUAGAUAAUGUUCUAUCAGAGAGUCUUAAUUCUAUGUGUCAAUCAAUGAUUGAAGAAAUAUAGAGGAAAAGGGGGGAAAGGAGCUCUCCUUGAAAUUUUAGGUAAUCAAUUUUUAAACAUUGUUUGCUUGAAUAUAAGCCAAACCUUUUUUUUUUUAAACUCAGAAAAAAUUCUGAAUACCUUUCUUUCUUCUAGGUACAAAAUAAAUUCAGACACUUUUCCCAUACCAAAACAAAAACCAGAAUCAAAUGAAUAUAGCAAAGCUAGAUAGUCCAGAUAGCCUUAAUCUUAUUAAGUCCUUGUUCUGAACAAUUAAAUUAACUAGCUGUAACCUAAAAGGUUAGCUUCAAGUAAGACUGCCUUAUGGUCAAAAUGAAAUGGUUGUUGGUUUGUGUGUGUCCAUUUGGAAUUUGCAAAUGAAUUAUCUAGCAAUAUUUUUGCCUCACUUCUACAUAAUUCUUCUAGAUAACUUCUACUAAGAAAUUCUGAGAGCUGAGAUAUUCUAAAAAUCAUCCUCCUGCCAUUCUCUAGAGAUAACAAAUCAUUUGGUCAAUAUAUCGGUUUUGAGAAACCUAUGUGGACAGAAUGGAUACUAGAUUCCGAGGAACCACAUAAUAUGUUCAUUAAUUUUCACUGCCAUGUGUUUGUACCCUGGAUAGAGUAAAAGAGAAUGUGAAAGUGGGGGUUCACUGUCGGGAUUGAUUUCCAUGAAUGAGCUAGCCUAAGCUUAACUUCCUUUUAAAAAACAAAGAUUACAGAACUCUGAAAGAAUCUCUAAUUUCUCCAUCUAUUUGGAUUUCCUAUGUUUCAUAAAAUCAUACUCUGGAAAUGACUUGCUUCUUCAGAAAGUGGAUACAGCCCCAAAAGGGAACUUUCUAUGUCACUGACCUCCCCAUUUUUAUUUACUAGAUUAUCAUAUCGGAUAUAAUAAAGAUGCUCUACCAUGUA